AUGGCCCUCUACGAGACUGUACGUGUCUCCGGCUUCGAGGAAUUCAGCCGGGCUGCAGAGCAGCACAAGGGCAAGACCAUUUACGCCUAUUUUACGGGCUCUAAGGACGCCGAAGGGAAAAGUUGGUGCCCCGACUGCGUGCUGGCCGAACCAGUGGUGCUAGAGGGUCUGAAGCAUAUUAGUGAAGGAUGUGUGUUCAUCUACUGCCAAGUAGGAGAGAAACCUUACUGGAAAGAUCCAAAUAAUGACUUCAGAAAGAAGUUGAAAGUAACUGCAGUGCCUACACUACUUAAAUAUGGAACACCUCAAAAACUGGUAGAAUCUGAGUGUCUUCAGGCCAACCUUGUGGAGAUGAUGUUCUCUGAAGAUUAA